GCUUCGGCGGGCUGAAUGGCUGCAGGGCUGGCCGUCAGGGUGGUCGCGGGACUGGUGGCCGCGGCCUUGGCUGCAGUGUUCUUGGAACACUACGGCCUGGCCGGCUGGUCUUCACCACUGCCUCAGCCCCGCACUCCCCGGAGCCCGCACCCUGCGCCGGGUCCCGGAGCCAGCAACGUCUUCUGGGGUCUGCAGAUAUCCGACAUUCACCUGAGCAGGUUUCGCGAUCCAGGCAGAGCUGUAGACUUAGAGAAGUUCUGUUCUGAAACUGUUGACAUCAUUCAACCAGCUCUCGUCCUAGCAACAGGAGACCUGACAGAUGCCAAAACAAAGGAAAAUUUGGGAUCCAUGCAGCAAGAGGUAGAAUGGCAAACUUACCAUAGUAUUCUAAAGAAGACAAAAGUCAUGGAAAAAACCAAGUGGCUCGAUAUCAAAGGAAAUCAUGAUGCAUUCAACAUUCCAAGUCGGGAGAGUGUUGAGAAUUAUUACAGGAAGUAUUCUGCCGUACGGAGGGAUGGCUCUUUUCGUUAUGUCCACAGUACUCCCUUUGGCAACUAUUCUUUCAUCUCUUUGGAUGCCAGCCUUAAUCCAGGGCCUAAGAGACCUUUUAAUUUCUUUGGAAUUUUAGAUCAGAAACAGAUGGAGGAGCUUUCGUUACUGGCCAAGGAAAGUAGUUGGAGCAACCACAGUAUUUGGUUUGGACACUUUACAACAUCCACUGUCCUUUCUCCAUCACCAGGACUUCGGUCAAUAAUGAGUUCGGCUACAGCUUAUUUGUGUGGGCAUCUUCAUACCCUUGGUGGACUUAUGCCUGUUUUGCACACUCGUCACUUCCAGGGCCCUUUGGAACUUGAGCUAGGAGACUGGAAAAAUAACAGAAGGUACCGGAUCUUUGCUUUUGAUCAUGACCUCUUUAGCUUUGCAGAUUUGAUCUUUGGAGAGUGGCCUGUGGUUCUUAUCACUAAUCCUAAGUCACUUCUCUAUAGUUCUGCUAAACAUGAACCACUAGAAAGACUCCUUCACUCAACACACAUCAGAGUCCUGGCCUUUUCCUUAUCCUCCAUUACUUCAGUUGCAGUUAAGAUUGAUGGAGUUCAUUUAGGGCAAGCUAGUCAUUUGUCUGGUCCUAUUUUCAUACUAAAGUGGAACCCAAGAAACUACAGUAAUAAGACACAUAACAUAGAAGUAAUCGUUCAGGAUUCUGCUGGAAGAAGUAAGAGUGUUCACCACAUAUUUUCAGCUCGAGAGGAUAUUCAGCUCAGAUUUGAUCCCCUGGCAUCAUUUAUUCUUCUUACUGACCAUUGUACUGUGGCCCGGGUCAUAUUUGUGAUGAUUGUGCUGAUCCAGCUCAUCAUUCUCAUUAUUUUUCGGUAUCAAGCAUAUCCAGAGCAUAAAGGACCACCAGGAUUUACAAAUUUGACAUCAUUUUCCCUUCAUGUCUUGAGCAAACUAAAUAUCUCCUACUAUUCUGUGUUGCUGCUGACCCUGUAUACAGUGCUGGGCCCAUGGUUUGUUGGUGAAAUCACUAAAGGCAAAUUGGGCUGCUGCUUUUCCUUUGGGAUCUUUGUUGAUGGACAUUUCCUACAAGGCAGUGUAACGUUUAUAGUUGGAAUUCUCCAGCUGGUGUUUUUUAACAUCCCCUUGAUGGGUUACCUGUGUUGGAUUUUGCUGCAGCGGUGCUUUGGUCACAGCUUCAGGUCUCAUCUCCGUCAAGGAAAAUACUUGAAAAUUAUACCUGUUCACCUACUUAUGUUACUGCUGUACAUCUGGCAUAUUUAUUCCUGCUACUUUCUUCAUGUGACAUAUGGCACUCUAGCUUUAUUAUUCUCCCCUUUACGGACCUGGUUGACACUGGCGACACCUGUUCUCAUUCGUUGUGUUUGGACAGUGAACUCUGCUAAGCUUGGAACCUUCAUAGUGCAGUUAAAAAGCCACUUGAGCUCCUGAAGUCUGUAUCUCCUCAUCCACCUCUGUAGCCCAGGCCUCUGCCUCAGCAGCAGGUGAAAGGCCAGUAUUGAUGGGCAAAGUCAGGGAGCUGCUGUUCCUUGGACACCUGGGAGUUGGGGGGAAUUACCUACUACUGAUUCUUGCAGAAUGGACUGCAGAAAACUAUAUAAUGCCGUGAUUCCUCCCUUCCUCAAGAAGGUAAAGGGUUGAUUUACUUUUGUGAAGAGAAAGCUUUUAUCUAGGAGAUCCACAGGGCAGGGGCUGGUGGAUAUGGGAGUAUCUGAGGCCCACUCAGUGUGUUUUUUAGAUACCUCAUGUAAAGUACCUAGCACAGUGUCUGGAACUUGGCAGCCUGUAAGGAGGCCACUUUAGGGACAGGGAACGUGCAAACUUGGACCUGACCCUGACUACCCUUGUUUAGUUCCUAGUCCUUUUUUCGACAGGAUUAUGGGCUCUCUCCUUCCUCAGUCGGGGGUGUUUUCAACUACUCAAAUACCAAUAAAUGA